ACUGCAGAUACUGAUGAUCGUUAGAUAGUCACACAAGAAUUACUAAGUGUUAAGGUUAUCAGUUGUGUUGAUCAAUUAUUCCAUCACAAUGAGUUUACAGAGCAAAUUUUUCAUCCCACUAAUAUUAUUGCUGCAGUUCUUAUCAGAAGCCGUCCAAACAGAAAUUGAUAAAGGAAAAGUCAAAGAAUUCAUGAUUGAAAAGGCAAAAGAAUGUCAGACAGCUAAAGUGACAUUUGAUAAUCUUGCCCCUCUGAUUGGGAAUUCUUCAGCAUCAGACGAAGGAAAGUGUUUCUUUGCUUGCACACUUAAAAAAUUAGGAGUGUUUACUGAAAAAGGUGAGUUCAGUGAAAAAGGAACCAACGAACUGACCGAAAUCUUGGGUAAAAUUAAUCCCGAUCACAUUAAAAUCGAAACAACUGACUUCGCGGAAAUUGUCAUUCUCGGAUGUGGUGACAUUGAAGAAAAGGCCGAGUGUGAUAGAGCUUUUAAAACAAUGGAAUGUUUAACGGAUUUUUAUGGAAUCAUACAUGGAAAAUUAUUUUGAUCGAUUUGUAUUCACAUGUAGCGGAACGUGUCGAUUCGAAUCAAAUGCAAAUUGAAGUAUAUUUUCUAUCUGUUAAUUACGUAACGGAUGUAACGUGAGGACUACAGCAAUUAAUGACAUUGCGUUUUUUAGCGAACAUACUUAUAAUAAAGUACUAUCAUUAACAUCUCC